UCAAGGCGAUAUUCAUAGACAAAUUAUUAAUUCAAAAACCUGUACUCAAUGUAUUGUACUGGAUAAUGUUGUUAUGCUUAUCGUACCAAAUGGAUAAUAAUUUUGUCAAGAGUUCAAUAUAUGAUGAAGCCAUUUUUGGAAUUGAUCCAUAUGUGUGGAUUUUUCGAACAGCUGACAUCAAUAUUAAUGAACGAUCAGGUGAUAUCUGGGGAUUACUACAAUUAACAACAAAUGGAACACCAUAUUUUUACAAAUUGAGUGAUUCAGAAAGAUCUGUCUUGUUUACCGAAUUUAUAAAUGAACUCACAGUUAUAAUUCCCACGGAGAACGGUAGACUGAGCACAACAAAAAGUGGCGAAAAAUUGUCUAGCACACGAUUAGCGAACAAUUUUAACCAAUUAAUAACGAAUGGUGCACUUUCAACAAGCUA